GUGGGUGUGUGUGUGAAUGUGUAUCUGUGUGACAGAGAGAGAGAGAGAGAGGCAGAGAGAGAGAGAAAGAGAGAGGGAGAGGGAGAGAGUGGCAGUGAAGGAAAAGCCAGGCAGCCGGUGCGCUGUUUUAAAGUGAACGAUACGUCCUGCUCUGCUCCUCUGCAUCUCUUUGGACUAUACCACUAACAGAGACUCACCCUUUGGACUAUCCCGACGCUUCCUCCUCUUGCCUUUGAAGGGAACACCUGUGUGUGUUGUGUUGUGUGUGUGUGUGUGUGUGUGUGUGUGUGUGUGUGUGCGUGUGUGUGCGUGUGUGUGUGUGUGUGUGUGUGUGUGUGUGUAUGUGUGUUGUUUGAGUUGAGACAACAGACUUCGCCCUGGUGAACAGGGCAAUUUUAUGACUUCGGUGGAUGAGGGUUUGGCUGGUGGAAAGAGGGGGAUUGCUGACCAUGGACUCCCCUCACUAGUAAACGGGGGUGUUGAGGAGGAGCGGGUUUGUCCGAUCAUCAUGUGCACGCGGGCCUACCCUGACACCGUCCCUGAGUGCCAGCUGUUCCCGGGAGAGGUGGAGGAGCCUGAGGAGGAGGUGGCAGACGAGGGCAGGGAGAGGGAAUCAGAUAGAGACAGCGCUGUGGAAAGCACCCAAGGGUCAGACACCUCUGACGGAUUGAUCAGACCGGGGGACAAGGAAGAAGCACUAGGGGAUCUCUUUUUCCCUGGGGAGAAGUGUGGCCAUACUACCAUCUCAGUGACCUCUGACUUAUCGACACGUUCCUCAGCUUCUCUGAACGAGGAGCAGUUUGAGGACUACGGGGAGGGGGAAGAACCAGACUACACUCUCAGCAGCCCCUGUCCGGACGACGAGACUCGCACCAACGGAUACUCUGACCUCGGUUCAUCUGUUCCCUCAAGCGCAGGCCAGACUCCUCGUAAGGUGCGUCAGCAUUACACCGGUGAACUGAUGGAUGUCUACUGUUCUCAGUGCAGCAAGAAGGUCAACCUACUAAAUGACCUGGAGGCUCGCCUCAAAAACCUCAAGGCUAACAGCCCCAACAGGAAAAUCUCCAGCACUGCUUUUGGAAGGCAGCUGCUCCACAACAGCAACUUGAGCAGCAGUAAUGGCAGUACAGAGGACCUUUUCCGAGACAGCAUCGACUCUUGUGACAUUGACAUCAAUGAGAAGGUGAGUUCACUGGAGAAGAAGGUGGCAGAACUGGAGAGUGAGAUUCUGAUGAGUGGUGAUCUCAAGUCCAAGCUGAAGCAGGAGAACACACAACUAGUACACAGGGUUCAUGAGCUGGAGGAGCAGCUGAAAGACCAGGAGACACGAGCAGCACAAAAUCUGCAGGAGGGGCUAAAACGACAUCGAGAGGCCUACAGCAAGAUGGAGAGGGACAAGAACACACAGACAGAGCUGCUGACCAACCGAGUUAAGCAGCUGGAGGAUGAAAACAGUGAGCUGGCUCUUAGCAUGUGCCGGCUCAAGUCACAGACAGAGAAACUGGAUGAGGAGAAGCAAAGAAUGACAGACAAGUUGGAGGACACCAGCCUACGCCUGAAGGAUGAGAUGGACCUCUACAGGAAAAUGAUGGACAAACUGAGGCAGAAUAGACUCCAGUUCCAGAAAGAGAAGGAAGCCAUGCAGGAGCUGAUAGAGGACCUGCGUCGAGAGCUGGAGCAUUUGCAGCUGUUCAAGCUGGAGGCAGAAAAGCCUGGCCGCAGCCGCACCUCUAGCCUGGCGGACUUCAACAGCAGGACCAGGGAGGUGGAGCUAGAACAUGAGGUCAAGAGACUCAAGCAGCGAUUUGUGUCCGAGGACUUUCUUCCCCCUGAAUUCCAGCACCUGGUCUUGUCUGGGGCUUGGCUCCUUCCUGGUCUGAUGGAGAACCAGAAGCUGAGGGAGCAGAACGAUGAGCUGAACGGUCAGAUCCUCAGCCUCAGCCUAUAUGAAGCUAAGAACCUCUUUGCCACACAGACCAAGGCCCAGUCUCUGGCUGCAGAGAUAGAUAAUGCCUCCAGAGACCAGUUAAUGGAAGCCCUGAAGGAGCAGGAGGAAAUCAACAUACGUUUGCGACAGUACAUGGACAAAAUCAUCCUGUCCAUCCUGGACCACAACCCCUCCAUCCUGGAAAUAAAGAACUAGCAGUGACUCAACUAGAACGAGAAUCGUUCUCGAACUCGGGAGAAUGAGGAUCGUUCCAGUUUUUCAAUCAAAAACCUGCAACCAGAGUUGGGAGUCUGUACAGGAAAGCAGAGAGAGGCAGAGCCAGUCUUUGAACAUGGGACAUAUGAAUAGACAUGCAUCGCCCCCUGCUGUUUGUGGCAGGAAGAGAACCUCUCUUGCAACACAGGUUGAGCGAGAUUCUAAACAGAUCUAAAGAGCCAGUGACUGCUCACUGACUUUAGGUCAUACGUCUGUGACUCUUAAACUCGAGCUAUCCUGUUUUGUUUUUAUUCUCUGUCUGUGCUGUGGAACUGUAGUUGCUGUAACCACUUUGAUCACACAAGACAAAACUGGUGACUUCUUUCCAGGAUAUAUCCUGCGCUCAACAAGCUUUGAGGAUCGACAAAGUCGCUGGAUGUGGUACACUGGAAAUAAUGAAUUUGGGCAUAAAAACUGGAACAAAGUAACAAACCUGGCGUAGUUUCUGCUGUAUCCUGUUGUAAUAUUAGCUGUCUUAUUUACAGACAGACAGGUUGGUAUGGUGUACAGAGAUACAUUUACGAAAAUACAGUGAGACAGACAAACAAGUUGACAAGCAGACUGUAAACCUGAGUGAGACAGACACGAAGGCGGGUCAGUCCAACGUUGCCCGAUGUGUAAAUUGCCGGUCUUUCUAGGUGUUCUCCGAAUGCAUGUGACAUACUUGGACAAGCAGGUGUUAAAGUAGAGUGUGAAAGGUGGCAGAAGUGGUCAGAGAAAGAAAAGAAGAAUGCCUUGAUUAUAAGUUGAAAACAAUGAAUUAACAACAGUGUUUUCUCUAAAGAGGUGAGGAGUCAGGUGACAAACCAUGGAUAUGCCAUGCUAGCAAAGGAGGGUUUUAGUGAAGUCUGUGAGGGUUAAUUGAAGGUGAAGAUUUAUGUUUUUGUUUAUUCUUGAGAACAUGUCUUCCAGGAACCAUGAAACAUCACUUGCAGUGUCAAUCAGUGCGAUAGUGAAUAUUUUUCACCGAGAAGUGGUCCUUAGGUUGGAUCAGAUGAGUAGUAGAGUGUCACUUUAUGGCGCAGAAGCUGCAACCAAGGAGUGUCUUUAAACUGUAACUUCCAUGGCUGCUAUUUGUUAGCAAAGGCAUGAGCUUGAAAAGAUUCGCUGCUGCUAGCAAUAGACCAAGUGAUGUUGCACAGAAAUGUAAUGAUAUGAAUGUACAGGUUGUGUGUUGGAGUGACUGGUAGCCAUUGUAACAUGGUUUACCGAAUCAUCUCUCUAUGCUCAGUGAAAUCAACUCAGAUACUGGAUGUGAGCAUCCAUCACUUUUUUGGUACAAAAGACUGGAUUAGCAAUCUCAUUGACGUCUCCACGUCACAGAUUGUAGUUAUUGCCCCGAUGGCUCUCUGAAACUCUCUAAUACUGUAAAUAUCAUGAAUGUACAACUUGAUAUUUCACUUUCUGUGUGGCCAAAAAAGGCUUUAUGAAUUUAAAUCUGUGAUUGGUUAAGACAUGUUGUAACACGUGCACGGUAUUCUGCACUGUGAUAAGGAGGUCAUUGUUUAAGAGGGGGAACAAUUACAAUCUGCUGUGCUAUGUAAUUAUUCUAAACUUGAGUUUUGCUUCCUUGCACAAAAAAAACUUUUUUUUUUCCUUUUGCAUGGUUCACCUUUUCUUCUGUCUGUGCCUUUAGAGGACAUUUUUCAAGAUGAUGUUGCUAUAGAUUUACACAAUUUUUGGAGGUACAUUCUAUGUCUAUGUCUGACAUAUUUUCUUGACUUGUAAAUGUUGUAAUUAUAUAGUGAUAAUUUGUAUUCAUGUGCCACUCACCACUCUUUUUCAGACUGAUGCUAUGAAAUCUCUUUUAUACAGUUUUAUCAUGAAAGAACUUGUGAUUGCUUAGGUGUCCUAUUAGAAAAAGCAGUAUAGCUCAAUGCUUUGUAAGUUAGGCAAGCUAGGUUAGCAAUUUGGGAAUAUUUUGUCAAUGUAAUAUUUUUUCAAUGCAGUGGGGGAUGUUUUAGUUAGUCAUGGUGAGUCAAUUGCUUUUGAAUUUGAUUUAAACUGGGCUUUUAUAUGGUUGUAAACUGUCUUCCUAACUUAAACUAAAUGGUGAGCAUUAUGAGCAAUAUUAACCUAUUUACAAGUACAGUACCUGCUGAUUUAUGUCCUGUUUUGCCUCACAAAUCUCUUCACUCUAUAGCUGCUCGUGCCAUCCUAGAUUUUUUUUUUUUUUUUAAUCAACAGUACGUUGAGCUGUAAAAACUGUCACAAACUCAUUUCUUGUAGCUCUUAAAUUUUGAAUUCUUAGGGCUAUCCAAUGCGAUGUAGUCAGUAUAAAUGGCAAUAAAAAUUUGCUUUGGCAGUGAUGCUGUCUCAUGAAAUUUCAUCAUUCUUCAUCGAUACUGUUUUUUGUCCUCACUCCCACUUAUAUGAUAAGCUAGCAUUUCUAAAACAUGAAACCAAUCAUUCUGCUCUUUCAGUGUAUGCUGCUGAUGUCUUAGCUACCAUUGUGAUGAGCAUAACCGUGCUGUGAAUAAGAACAUUUGACCAACACGA